AUACGCUGCGUCAUGAAAUCACCAUGUCUCAUUGCAAACGCCUCGUGCGUAUUCUUAACCUCUCCACACUCCUCCAUGUUUGCAACAGACUAAAACACAACUAUUGUCACAAGGCAACCACAAUGCAUCACAGCCACAAAGACAUCUCACAACAUUUCACGAUGCCUUCAUUCCUACACAGGAUGGAGACUCGCCGGCUCCACAACAGCGACAUGAAGAGACUUGUCCGUAUUUUUCGGCACGUCCCCACUCCCCGUGAGCUGGGUGAUGAGUGCAAGGAAGCGCUCUAUCGUAAACAUACCAAGGAAGCUAUCCAAGGUCUUCCCAGGUGGUUACGCGCUUCACGGCUCUCUUUUGGCUCCACAAACCUGUGCACGACACACAAGGGCCUGAAUCAGAACCUUGUCAAUGACAUAUCCAGAUGGAUUCGUCACGAGUUCGACGGUGCCAUCGAAGUUCAAAGUUCGUCAACUGGAGCCCGUGCUACAAAUGUGGCAACCCAACUUUAGUCUGGGAGCCUCCGCUCCGCCUGGUCAUGAGCCGGUUCAAUGCGGAACGAAGUGGCACUAUCAGACAGAUCAAUGCCCGGCUUGUAUGAUGGCGCGGAUGGGAUCAGAUGUGGAUGUUCUUUUUGCUUUGUUCGCCGGUAUGGUAGGUCGCUUCAACAGCAAGGCGUUCACGACAAUGGAUGCGAUCCGUAACGUUGCUGGCUGGGAUAGCGCUAAGAGCAAACGUCUUCGCUUCGUGCGUUACUGGGUCAGGAAGACGAGUGGGGAAAGCCCAUUGUUAAGAGCAUGCGAUCUGGGCAUGGAUCUCAAACGUCUUCGGGCCCAGUGGAAGCAUGAGCAACGCCGCCACGUUCGUGCACAUAGCCGUACGAGAAUGCAGGAAACACCCGUCAGUCCGAUGCCCCGUCGGAGUUUAGGUUCAUCUACCGUCCCUGCUCACCAGCGUACUCUUAGCCGUUCCGCCUCGACCAGAACUGUAAGACCGCGGCGAAAUCAGAAACUAACCGCUCCAAGCCUGUUCGACCCCAAAUUGGAUCCUAAUCCCCGGCCUCCAGACACUAAGCUUAUGUCGCAGGCCGAGGAUCUUGGUUUUGAGAUGCCCGGUAUGCGUAAGCGGGCGUACACAAUUCCUCACAACCAAGAAGAUAUCCAUCCGGCUUUGCGAAACCAGCCUAGACUCAUACCUUCUCGCUCAUCAACACACGCGUCAAGGCAUUAUAACCAGUCAACGGCUUCGCAUAACUCAGAAAGGACUAUCAAGCCUGAUGAUACCAUGAGCCUUCCUACCGUUCGCCUUCCCCAGCGCCAAACUUCGGACAAGCGUUCAGCGCCCUUCCAAAUCAGACGCCGUCCUGUACCACAACCCACAGUUGCGGGUUCUACCAGAGGUGAGAACUUCUUCCUCAACCCUCCUGCUUCAACGAUUUCCCGCCAAUCUUUCGCAACAACAGCCCACACAAUUGCGUCUUACACUGGCGGCCCAUCCUCUCGCGCGGGAUACAUAGAUCCUCUCGACAAUCCGAUCUACGACCACAUCGAGACGCAAGAAGAGCGCGUGGAGAAGUACAGACGGCUUCUGUCUAGUCAUCCUGACCCUGAUCCCUUCGCUGAAUAUGAGGAUGACAACGCUUCUGUUUUCCCGAAGCCGCAGCGCCAGUCUAUGUACUCUGCCUUCGGGGACGUGGGAUUCGAUUCUGCGCGUUUCGACGUGAUCGAUGAAGAACUUGCAGAAGAUGAGAUUGAGGACUGGGAGCGGGGUGAGCCUGAAGACGACGAGGCGGUUCAGGGAUGUGAAGUGAAUGUGGGUAUGAUAUUGGGUAAGGGAAGAUAUCGGAGGGACAGCGACGCCAGUGUGCGUUCUAAUGAUUUUUAUUAGUGUUUCCUGUAUUUGGAUUCAUCUCAUGUAUACUCCCUUAUACGAGUUCUACUCUUUCCUUUUCUAGUCUUCGGGAGUGGAUUGUCCUAACAUCAUUCAUGUGAAGAGCACCCGUCCUUUCAUCCGUGACAUCAUUCUUUCCUUCUAGGAUCAAAAGGAAUCUCCUCCUUGAUGUUGUCCUCUGAAGACAUUGAGACUUCCUUGCAGGAUGCUUGUACCUAUAGAAUGGUCGUUCU